AUGUCAUCGACAGCAACAAUCGAAAGUCCAUCAAAAUCGUCAACGACGAAUAUACGUUAUCAUACAAAUGGAAUUGAAAGUGAAUCAUCAACACCAUCAACAACAACAACACAUUCAAAUGGAAAUGGUAUAACAGCUGUUGUUGUUACAAAUCCAUUGGCAUCUUCAUCAUUUUCAUCUACAACAUCACGUUAUCAAUCGUCAGUUAUGAAUAAAUAUAAAAAUUUAGCUGCACCAGAUUUAACUCAUCCACUUUCAAGUCUUAAACAAAUGACACAUAUUUUAACAAAUAAUAAUGGAAAUAAUACAGCUUUAGAUUCGCAUGCUUAUCUUGCUGCAAAAUAUCGUCGUGCUGAUCCUCAUCUUCGUUCAACAACAUCAACACCAAAUUCUACACCAACAAAAAUUUCUGCUUCUGCAAUAAAUGAAUCAACAACAGUCGAUGGUCCACCACCAGUUGCUCCUCCUCCUCCUCCUCCACCACCACUACCGCCAUCAGCUCCCGCAUCAUCAUCUUCAUCAAUAUCAAGUGUCAAAGGUCCAUCAACUCGUUUAACACUAGAUGAUCUUCAUCAAUCUCCAAUUCUUCAUAGUACAACAACACAUAGUCAUACGUCAAAUGGUGAUUAUCGUUCAACUCUUUAUCCAACUAUAGUUAAUAAUCCAACAUCAACACCAAUACCAUCACCACCACAUGGCUAUGGAUCAUCAACAAGUAAUUCUACAAUAUCAAAAUUAAUACGACCACGUCAAGAAUCUGAAACAAAUUCAAUUAAUAAGGAACAACAACAACAACAACAACAAGUAGCACCUAGAAUUCGAGAAAUAAGUUCAAAUGUUGGUUUUGUUUCAUUACCUGAUCAAGUUCAUCGACGAGCAGUUAAAAAAGGAUUUGAAUUUAAUUUAAUGGUUGUAGGUCAAUCUGGUUUGGGUAAAUCAACAUUUAUAAAUACAUUAUUUCAAACGGAACUUUAUGGUCAAGAUUUUCCAUCGACAGUCCAUCGAAAAAAGAAAACGGUUUCAAUUGAUUCAUCAUCUAUUUUAUUAAAAGAAAAAGGCGUACAAUUACGUUUAACUAUUGUUGAUACACCAGGUUUUGGUGAUGCUGUCGAUAAUUCAAAUUGCUGGCAACCAAUAAUCGAUCAUAUUGAUUCAAAAUAUGAGGAAUAUUUAAAUGCUGAAUCUCGCGUUAUUCGAAAAGCUCAUAUAAAUGAUAAUCGUGUUCAUUGUUGUCUUUAUUUCAUUACACCAACGGGUCAUAGUCUUCAAGCAUUAGAUAUUGAAUUUAUGAAACGUCUUCAUGAUCGAGUAAAUAUAAUUCCUGUUAUUGCCAAAGCUGAUACAUUAACAUCAGAAGAAUUACGUUUAUUUAAAAAAUCUAUUAUGCAAGAUAUUACAAAUGAAAAAAUGAAAUUAUAUGAAUUUCCUGAAUGUGAUGAUGAUGAUGAAAAUAAAUUAACAAAAAUUUAUAAAGAUAAAGUUCCAUUUGCUGUUGUUGGAAGUAAUUUUAUUUUAGAAAAAGGAAAUAAACGUACACGAGUUCGACAAUAUGCUUGGGGCAUUGUUGAUGUCGAAGAUGAAGUUCAUAGUGAUUUUAUUGCAUUACGAAGUAUGUUAAUACGAACAAAUUUAAAUGAUUUACGUGAUGUAACACAUAAUAUUCAUUAUGAAAAUUAUCGUUAUAAAAAAUUAAGUUCAUUUCAUGGAAAUGAUACAAAAAAAGGUAAAACAUUACAAACACCUUCAGUUAAUAAGUAA